CUUAUUCCUCAGUAAUAAAAAGAUCGAUUGGGUAGGCUUUAUAUAUAUAAUCAUUGCGCAGCACAAAAACUCAGAUUAAUAUGGGUGGAAAAAUCUCAAAGAACAACAACGACACAGCCACAACAAGCAGCAGCAGCAAUAAUAAUAAUAAUAGCAUAUCAGGGAAAGCAUUCAACGGACUCGGUAAUCUCAUCAGGCUCCUCCCUACCGGCACCGUCUUCCUCUUCCAAUUCCUCAACCCCGUCGUCACCAACGACGGCCGCUGCGGCACCGUCCUCAACAAGUACCUCACCGGCGCUCUUCUUAUCAUCUGUGCUUUCAACUGCGUCUUCGCCAGUUUCACUGAUAGCUACACUGGCAGCGACAGCGCCCGCCACUAUGGCGUCGUCACGACCAAGGGGAUAUGGCCGUCUCCUGCUUCGGACGACGUCGACUUGAAGGCGUACAGGUUGAGGUUUGGGGACUUCGUGCAUGCUUUGUUCUCGCUGUUAGUGUUCGCCGUUUUGGGACUGUUGGACAACAACACCGUCCAGUGUUUCUACCCCAAGUUGGAGACACAGCAGAAGGUUCUGUUGCAGGUGUUGCCGCCGGCGAUCGGAGCGCUUUCCGGUGUGGUGUUCAUGAUGUUCCCUAAUAACCGCCAUGGUAUUGGGUACCCUGCAAGCUCCGACGACAAUGCUACCCGAAGCUCCCAAAAGCCCUAGUUUGGUGGUGGUUAAGUGUGUGCACGUAUGUAUGCAUUUAUGUGAUGUUUCUGUUUCGUUUGCUUUGAUGGACGACGAAGACGACGUAUAUUUAUCAAUUUGACUAAUUUUGUUCGUAAAAAAAUAAAAAUAAAAAUCCAAUAAAAAGAAAAAUUAUAUACUUAUGACA